GUGCGUCACUUCCACGCAGGCCUCGCUUCCAGGCGACGCGCCCGGAGUUGUCAUCGUUUCACCGGGAGAGGCGAAGGGCAUCCGGGAUACCGGCCGAGCGGGGAGCCGCUGAAACGCGUUUCUUGAGUGGACAGACGGACCAGUGGACUUGUCCUUCAUCGCUCUCUUUCCGGGUUGUGACCUUGUGGAGUUUUAUUUCCUUCCGUUCUUCUGAAGUUGAGGAACGUCCGGCCCGUCGGACCGACCACCACCUCCGUGUGUGUGAUACUUUAAGGACUGCUUAUGCAUCGUUUAAGGACUUGUGCGGCGCGGUUGCGUCCGCUCACCGCCUCGCAGGCGGCUCAGACUGUUGGCCAGCAGCGGCCAAUCACAGUUGCCUCCACAGGCGGCACAAGGACGUUUCAGCCAAUUAGGUGCUACUCAGCACCGGUGGCCUCUGAGCCGUUCCUGAACGGGACGAGCUCCAACUACGUGGAGGAGAUGUACUACGCCUGGUUGGAGAACCCAAAGAGUGUUCACAAGUCGUGGGAUGUGUUUUUCCGCAACGCCAACGCGGGCGCUCCUCCUGGUGCAGCCUACCAGUCUCCUCUGGGUCUGUCUGCGGCCUCGUCGAGCCUCGUCGCUCCUCAGCUCUCGUCUCUGGUUGGAGCUCAGCCUAACGUGGAGAAGCUGGUGGAGGAUCACCUCGCCGUCCAGUCGCUCAUCAGGGCGUACCAGGUGCGAUUCCAUACGGCCGCUGAUUCUGUGAAAUGUUGUCAUCAAUAUUUAUGGAUCCCUGAUAGAUAGUCAAUGAUUGAUAUU